AUGGAAGCGGCGGAGGAGGUGCCCAGCGUGCUGACGCACACCGGAAUUGACGGCUCAACCUCUCCCGAGGAGGCGGCAGCACGCCUGGCGGAGCUGGAGGCGUGGCUGGAACGCAACCGGGUGUGGUGGGACCGCAACGCCAUCGCCUUCAGACCUCACGUAUUCAACCCGCCCGCCCUCCUUGAGUUCGCACGUCAGAAACUGGGCCUGGGGCUGGGCGUGAUCGCCCUGCAGCCGCUCAAGGAGGGCCAGCUCCUGUGCGUGAUCCCCAAGGAGGUGGUGCUCUCCGUCAAGACCACGGCCAUCGCCGACCUGCUCGCCGGCGCCGAGCUCUACGGCAGCGUGGGCCUCGCCAUUGCCCUGAUGUACGAAAUGUCCCAGGGCACCAAGUGCAUCCCGGCCUUCGAGCCGCUGCCCAUGUACUGGGACCCGGCCGAACUGGCGCCCCUCCAGGGCACCGAACUCACCUACAUCCUCGACAACGACAAAGAACGAUUGCAAGAGGACUACGACAUGCAGGUGGGGCCGUUCGCGGACGAGCACCGUGAGCGGACGGGCGGGCGCGAGGUGCUGUCGUUCGAGCUGUUCAAGCGGGCCUCGUCGCUCAUCGCGUCGCGCGCGUUCGGCGUCGACGCCUACCACGGCGACGCCAUGCUGCCGGUGGCCGACAUCUUCAACCACACGGGCCGCGAGCACGUCCACAUCCAGUCCGACGGCGACGUCUGCACCGUGUGCGGGUCGCCCGAUCCCUGCCCCCACACCCGCCACCAGGAGGGCGAGGAGGACGAACACGAGGAAGAAGAGGAAGAAGAAGAAAAAGAGGAAAAGGCAGAAGAAAAGGAGAAGGAGAAAGAGGAGAAAGAGGAAGAAGAAGAAGAACAGAAGCACGAAGAGCAUGGAAGCCACGACGAAGAAGAUGAGAUGGUCGAAGAGGUGGAGGAAGACGAAGAAGAAGAAGACGAAGAGUGGCCCCGACCCGACGGGAUUCGGGAGGCGGCCGCGGGGGAGGAGGUGUACAACACCUACGGUCCGCUGCCCAACGUGGUGCUGCUCAACAAGCACGGCUUCGUCGAGAUCCCCAACCUCAACGACUGCGUGAGCGUGGACGAGGCGUUGAUCCGCGAGGUGAGCGCCAAGUGCCUGGGCAACGCCGAGGCCGCCAACAAGCGCCUCGCCUUCUGCCAGAGCCGCAAGAAGAUAUUUGGGGAGGACCUGUGCUACAACUUCCACUACAACGGGACGGCCGAGCGGGAGCUGCUGUGGGUCCUUUUCGUCCUCUUCGCGCCGCCGGCCACCUGCGUGAAGAUGGCCAAGGCCAAGCCCGCCCUUCUCUACAAGCAGCUCCGCUCCAUCGACAAGCGGCAGUUGGCGGCGGACGAGUGCGUGCGUGGGAUGCUGGUGGCGCUGGCGCGUGCGCGGUUGGGCCUCUACCCGCCCACCACCCUCGAGGAAGACCGCCGGGCGCUCGCCAAAGCCCAAAGCGACGGGAGCAAGGCGAUCCUGGUGUGGGCGCUGAUGCUGCGCGUGGCCGAGAAGGAGCUGCUGGGCCGCGUCAUCAAGCGCUACGGCGCCAAGUCCGACGCGUCCGUCUCUGCUGGAGCCGGCGAGCCAGGCAAGCGCAAGCGACAGCCCGCAGCUGCUGGCGGCAAGAAAAAGGCGAACAACAAGGCCAAGGCGGUCGCGACCAAGAAGAAAGCCAAAUAA